UAUACCGUGAAGGUCGUGAUUCCUGAUUAUGUUACAUAUGCCUGUAUGAGCAAACUACGUGUCGCAUCCUUGCAAUAAAGAAAAGAAAGGAAAAUGUAAUUGACCAAAGUGCAGGGUUACAAGUAUGGAUAGAUUUUCUGAAAAAACAUAAAUAUUGGACAAUUGAACUAUUGUACAGGGUUUUUCGAGCCUAUGGAUUGUUUGAUCGGGAUUCCGUUCCGUUGAAAAAAAAGAUGGAAAACCAAUGAGAUGAACAUUGAAAAUGUUACCAAGCAUUCCUGGUACACAUGAAACUGUCGCAGGGCCUUCAAUGCAAUUUAUCGGCCAAGGAAAACACGUGCUUCAUUACUGGCAACGACGACAGUGAACCUAUUCUAGUAAACAAUACAUAUGAGGGAGGAUUAACAAUUCCAGCCAUCGAUGGUUUUUUCGAAUGCCGUUGGAAUUUUAGCCCACCGGAUGGACGGACUGAUUUAUCUUUGACAUUAAAUGUCACUAACACUGACUGCAAAAAUAUGUUCAAAAUCAAUGGUCGUCCAAAAUGCAAUGAAACUCUCCCGAUGAUAUACAGGUUUUAUCCUACAUCAUGCGGACAAUCUUGUAGCAACAACAACAACUGCAAUGAUUAUGAAGAAUAUCCUCUUCAAAUAACUUUUGACGGAACCCCUGAUAACAAAGAAUUUUCAUUAAAGUACACGUUUGCACCCUGCUUCACAACAACGAAACAAACUACUGAAGCCGCAGAAACACCUGAACCACGUACUAUAAAAGACAUUAAGAUUGAGAAUGCGCCGGCUAUAAUUAUUGUCUCAGGAACCAAGAUCAGCCGAUAUACUUCUGGAACGAGAUCGUCAUCACCAAAGACAACAAUUAGCAACAUCCUGGACACAACCGUUUCGCCUGUUAUUCGACCACUUUCAAUAUUUAUUCCAAUCUCUGUGAUUCUACUUAUUGGAACUGUAUUUAUUAUUGUCAUUUUGAAAAUCAGAAAACAAAACGAAAAACGAAAAAAUCAACAACGAGUGGUUCACAUAUCCGAUGUUCACACGUAUGCAAACGUACUUCAUAAUAUUCCAGAAGUGAUGUCAACACCGGGACUAUAUGAGAGUAGUUUAAGCCCCAUUGCACCAGACCCGGAGUAUAUAACUGAGCCAGAAGCGGUCCCAACAGAAGGUCCAGCGACCGAUAAACAUGCAUACGCAGGCAUCGACAUGAGACCUAGUGCAAGUGAGGAAUACGCAUCGAUAGAACAUCAGGAAAAUCGUUACUUGCAGCCGAUUAGAAGAGAUUUUAUUGACGGCGAAUAUGGGUAUCAAACACCGAUCCCACUUAGACCAGAAGACGAUACAAGUUACAUGCGGUUUCAGAAAAAGUAAAUUGAAAAUCGAUUCAAUUCAAGCAAUGCUUGAUCGUACUAUGCAAUUCAAGAUGCUAUUGAUAAACUCGUCGUUAUCACGUAAGGCUCAUUUGAUUGGUUAUACAUUAUGCUUCUGCCAUCCUAAUUCAUGUUAAUGUAUAGAUCGACUUGUUGGCUAUUUAGUAGCUUAUCCAGACCGGUGACCAACUGAAAGAUUUAUCUUUGCUUUAUGACUUAUCAGUCUUAGCUUUUAUUUCUGCAAAAACUGAACACCUAACGUUGUAAUAUUGAAUCGGUCGAUCGUGAUCUAGUACUGUACACCCUGAUCAAAAUAUAACUUUGAGCAAUGCCGAGCUUAAGAUACUUUGAUAAAGUUUAACAUUGCCUUCAAAGUCUUUGUUGCUCGCGGAAAACAUUAUUCUUAUUUUAAUUAUAUAUAUUUUUUUGAUUUUCAAAUAUUUUGCA